ACAUUGACUCAUUGGAAACAUAGACACAUGUUCAGAGUUUUUUCUUUUUAAAGUUACAUCUAGAUUCUAGAUCUACAUCUAGACUCUAGACUAGAAUCUAGACAGUAGACACGAUCUGCAUAGAUCUAGUCAUUCUAGAUCUAGAUCUAAAUAUUUAAAUAAUAUAUUAUUUAAAUAAUAUUUACUCUAGGUCUAGAUAGAGUCACGACUAAGUCAGUCACUAAGUUCACUAAUAUUACUAUAUAAUAAGUCUAACUAGUCUAAGAAGAGUAAGACUUUUACUAAGAGUAAGAGUUAGAGUAAGACUAGUAAUACUAAUAAUACUACUUAGCCUACUAUUACUUAAUUUUAAUACUACUAGAUCUAGUAGUUAGUAGUAGUAAGUUUAAAGUUAGUAACAUAAGUCAAGUAACUUCUACUUCGUCAACUUGAGUUGAGAAAAAAGAAGUGAAUAAAAAUGUCUGGAUUAGCACCAGAUUUUUCAAAGCCACCCCCACCUUUUAAUUCCCACAAUCCAAUGCCUGUUGGAAGAUUUCCACCACCAAAUUUUCAUAAUUUCCCACCAUUUCCACCUCCACCACCAAUGAUGCAGAAUCAGACAUUUGUGCAAAAUCAGACUUGGAACAGUUUCAGCCCAUUUCCAAAUACCAAUGGAAACAGAUGUAUGCAGCCUCAUUUAAACCACCCAGGUCAAAUAGCUUUUAACAGCAUUUUUCAAGGUGGGCAUAGGGCAGUUAGUGAAGGUUUUCCACAUUCUGUCAGGAUGCCACAGUUUCUCGGUCAGGGCAGAGGUGGUGCAUCGCAUGCAAAUAACAAUGCUGGAUAUAGGGGUCAUCAAAGAGGAGGCAGACAAGAGGGUUUUCAAAAGAAGAAAGAAAAGAUUGACAAAAGGCUUCUUCCAGAAAAUAAUGUUUUCUUCUGUGAUAUUUGUGACAGAGGUUUCAAAAAUGAAGAGUUAUAUAAAGUUCAUAAUGAUGGGCACAUAAAGUGCUCAUAUAAAGACUGCCCAUUUUUCGCAGCACCCAAACUAGUACAGCUUCACAUGUCUAUGCAACACAGAACAGGACUGGCUCAAAAAGUCUGGAGUUUAGAGUCUGACGAUGAUGUGAAGAAAUGGUGUGAGGAAAGAAAAAAAAACUUUCCUACCUUAGAAAAUGUGGAAAGGAAAAAGAAGGAAAAUGCUGAAAGGCUUGCUAGAGGUGAACGUCUCCAGACCAAAGAUUUUAGUAAAUUUGGAAAAGAUCGGUCAAGGGGUAGAGGGAGACGAGGAGGACGUGAUAACAGAAGAGGCAGAGGUCACAGGGGAAGAGGCAGAGGGCGCAGGUUCAAUGACUAUGAUCAGUUUGAAGAUGAAAAGCCCAACAGUGAUGAUGAUGCCCCAGAGGAGGUGAGAACAGUGAAAGAAGUCAGUCAUCCUGAACCAGAUCAACCAGAGCCCACAGUCAAAGAUAAUAAGACAAGUACAACGUCAAAAGAAAACAGUGGCUUAGGCCUACUGGCUUACUAUGGCAGUUCCUGUUCUGAUUCAGAUGACUCUGAUAACAAUGAAUCUAAGACAGGGCCUACAGAACUGAUUACAAAAGAACAACCUCCUGCUACAGUUGUCUCCAAGUCUAGAGAGGGGUUAUUGCCCAACCCUUUUGCCUCACCCACAACAGCUACAGAAUCAUGUGCGUCUACUUCAACAACUUCCUGUGUAUCUGACGGCAGAGCAGAUCUGGCACCUUCUGCCUAUAAUAGUAGCACUGUCAAUGUUAAUGAAAAUAAUAACACUAAAAGUUUCCCUCAAAUAGAUUCAAACUUGAGUGAUGUACCAUUGAAGCCUUCCCCACAGAAGUCAAAUUUAGAACAUUCCACUAGCACUAGUCCAAAGAAAGAAAUUGGAGAUCAGUCAAAGGACCAGAACUUCAGCCACAAGGAAGAAUGGACCAAUAAAAAGAAUGACAGGCAGAAGAGACCUUGGGACAACAGGGGAGAUAAUCAGACAUUGAAAAGAAAAAAAGUGAAACAUGAUUAUACAUUGUUGGAGAAGUUGUUGGCCCCAGACAUACGAAGAGAAAGAAACAAAAUUUUACAGUGUGUACACUAUAUAGUGCAGUGCAAGUUUUUUGACAACUCACCAGCCAGUGGAGAUGUCAUUUAGUUUUUUGACAACUUUCCAGCCAGCGGAGAUGUCAUUUAACCUUCCUUUUUUUUUUUUUUCAUCAUUUGAAUCAUUUUUGAUACCGGUACUUAGAAUAAGAUAUUGUGUGUGUUUUUUUAUAUUUCAAAUUAAAUUUGUUAUUAAUGAAAAUUUUAUCCUUUGCAAAUUUUGGAAAAUAAAUUCCUGAUGGAAGGAACUGUGGAUGAAAUAAAUAGUUUAAAUAUUUUUAAAAACUCAUUGAGAGAACUAUUUAAGGCUUCAUGAAUGAAAAGCUUAAAAAUUGUCAUAGUCAGUUAAUUGAAAUAGAAUUUGUUGUAAUACUGAGAAUUGUUGUGAUUAGGUUGGUUCUUGGAGUAAUGUAAACCUUGUUACAUAUUUGAAGUAGUCGUGUCAGUUUAAGUCAGUACUAGACAUUGAUUGUACUCCAUGAUGUAUAUUUCCUUGUAAGGAAAAAUAUAUUUUUUUUCUUUUUCUGAAAUGGUAACAUGCCAUACAAAUGAUUGUAACAGUGAAGAUGUUACAUUGAUCUUUAUGUGGACGAUUUCUGACAUGAUUAGUUUAGGUACCAUUAAACUGGAUUAGAGAUGAUCCCACACUGAAAUUAUUGUGUUGAUAGGAACUUUAAAGUCAGCCAUAUGUGUUCAAUUAUAGUAGUUGGUCUUAUCAUCCAAUGUACAACUGAAUGUCAUUUGUUUUAAGUUUCACUUUUGUACAACCUUUUUUUUUUUAUAUCUCAACCUAUUACUGACUUCUUAUUUUAUAAGGCAAAUUUUCUGCAAAGCAGGAUGUUUUGGCGUUGGACAUUUUGGCAUUAAAUGUUAAACACAUUAUCUAUGUUAAUUUUAUUAUGUCUACAAAAAGAAUGAUACAUAUCGAAGUUUUGUGAUUCUGUUUAAACUUAUUUUUGAUCUAAAGAACUUUAGAUUUGGGAUUUAAAUUUGUUGGGUCUCGAACUUCUGAAUGUGUUUGGGUUUUAAAAACAAAAUGAAACAAUGAUAGAAAGAAAAUCAAUGCCUUUUAUUUAUGGGGGCGGGGGGAAGCAUGGUGGUCACAGGUCAGAAUCUGAUUUAUAGUUCACAAUCUGAGACCUCCUUCAUUUGCAUAGUGACUUUGGAUCAUCUCAUAUAUACUGAAAUGAGUCUAAAGCCUAAUAUUAGUGCACUUCUCCCCUCUCCAUGCAGCUGAUGUGUCCAAAGGAAUGCUAUACAGCACUAUGUAUUCAUGAUAUAGUAAAAACCUAAAUAAAACUUUUUUUUUUUGGGGGGGGGGGGGUUGGAGAAUGUUUACCAUAUAUACUAUAGUCUAGUAUGAAACAAAUUUUUUUUUAGAAAUUCUAUUCUACAGUGCUGAAAAAAUGCAAAAAGAAAACAUAAUAUGCUUUUGAAAAUAAGAGCUGAUCAAAACUAAAAUUUGCUGGAAACACUUAAAUGACUGCGCCCAAAACAUGACUUACUGGAGUGACUGUAUUAUUUUAAUGUCAAUAUGAUAUAUAGAUAAUUAAAAACUCAUACAAUGUAAAUUUGAUUCAUUUGAAUUUAUGUUUCAUAUUUUAUGCAGCCAUACUGUUGAAAAUAAACUAUGACUUCUU